AAACUUCUCCUUCUUUAGCGUUCGUAGGAUUUCUGUUUGCAGAUCAUCAGUUUUCGUCGUCGAUAUCAUCGCUCCAAGAACAACCCGUCAUCGAAGGUGUCGACCUCGGAGAAAAUGUCGGGUUAGAGGUUCAUCGAUUUUCAAAUUCAUCGCACUCCUUUUGGUCAUUUCGUGUUCUGAUUCUUGUUCUCUCCCUCGAUUUUCUGGUCUCAUCAAGCCUAGAUCAUUUUCAUGCAUUUCUGCGUGAUUCUUCUGAUACGUUAGGGUGGAAUCAGACGACCUGAAGGAGAAACCCAGGCAUCUAUAGGUUUUUUUUUUUGUCUUUGUGAUGGUUCUCUUAUUCGAUUAGGUUUCAGGUUCUUCCGUGAGAAUUUAUAUGGUGGAUUAGUUUCCUUCGGAUUUUGGAUCGCUUGAUCGGUUUCAUGGACGGGUAUCUCUUAUGAUACCCGUACAAGCAGAAUCACAUUUCUUCGUUUCUUAGAAUCAGAUCAGUUAGAUUUUUGUGUGUGUUAGGAAAUGUCUGUUGCUGAUGUCGCUUUGAGCCCGAUUCACAGAGGAUUGGGGUUCUCUUCUGAUCGCUUUGGCAACCAACCGAAACCCUACUCCGUCGAAUCCAUCUUAAUAUUCCUCAGUGUUUCGGGUUCUAGGAUUCCAAUGAUAAUUUUGGAGUCUGAUUCUAUAGCCAACGUAAAGCUUAGGAUCCAAACGCGUAAUGGGUUUGUGGUUAGGAGACAGAAACUAGUUUUCAGUGGCAGAGAGCUCGCAAGGAACAGUUCACUUUUGAAGGAAUAUGGCGUGACCGGUGGUAGCGUGUUGCAUUUGGUGCUUAAACUUUCCGAUUUACUCAUUGUCACCGUGAGAACCACUUGCGGUGAGGUCUUCGAGUUUCAUGUAGAUCGUCAUAGAGAUGUCGGGUAUCUGAAGAAACGGAUCUCAAAAGAGGGAAAAGGAUUUCCUCAUGUUGAUGAUCAACAAAUCUUUUGUAACGGGGAGAAGCUUGACGACCAUAGGGUCAUAGAUGACAUUUGCAAGGAUGGGAAUUCUGUAAUCCAUUUGCUGGUUAAGAGAUCACUGAAAUUAAAGGUUCCGGCUCUCACAUCUGGGCAACCAGUGGCAAGAGAAGAUGUUUUAAUUGGUAGAGACUUCUUUUUAGAGCCAGUUAUUGUAGAUCCUGAGGUAAAAUUACCGAAAGCUAUAAGGGAUAUGAUUAACCGCACGAUUGACGGGUUAAAUAAGGGAAAUCCACCCAUCAGGUCAUCUGAGGGAACGGGAGGAACCUACCUCAUGCCAGACUCUUCUGGUCUACAUUAUGUCUCUGUCUUCAAGCCUGUGGAUGAAGAACCAAUGGCUGUGAACAACCCGCAACAGCUGCCUGUGUCAUCAGAUGGUCAAGGGUUGAAGAGAGGUACAAGAGUAGGGGAAGGGGCGUUGAGAGAAGUUGCAGCUUACAUAUUAGAUCAUCCCAAAGGCGGGCCGAGAACGUUGUCUAACGAGUUUGUGGGGUUUGCCGGCGUACCACCAACUGUUAUGGUCAGAAGCUUACAUAGAGGGUAUAAUUACCCCCGGGGAUUUGAGAUUUCUAUGAGAAAUGCCAAAAUUGGCUCUCUGCAGAUAUUCAUGAAGAACAAUGGCAGCUGUGAGGAUAUCGGCCCUGGGGCUUUUCCCGUGGAACAAGUGCAUAAGAUCUGUGCCUUUGAUAUAAGGUUGGCAAAUGCAGAUCGGCACGCGGGAAACAUACUAAUUGGAAAAGAUGAAGAAGGGCAGGCUGUUCUUAUUCCCAUUGACCAUGGCUACUGCUUGCCUGAAAACUUUGAGGACUGCACAUUCGACUGGCUCUACUGGCCUCAAGCAAAAGAGCCGUUUUCCGCCGAUACCCUAAACUACAUAGACUCUCUAGACUCUGAACAAGACAUCGCCCUCCUAAGACUCCAUGGUUGGGACGUCCCCAAGAGUGUAUCCCGCACACUGCACAUCUCCACCAUGCUUCUGAAAAAAGGGGCUGAGAGAAAUCUGACUCCAUAUCAGAUCGGAUCCAUCAUGUGCAGAGAGACAGUGAACAAAGGUUCAGCCAUCGAGGAGAUCGUCUGUGAGGCCCAGAAAUGGUUGCUGCCCGGCAUGAGUGAGGCUGCGUUUAUGGAAGCCGUCUCUAAGGUCAUGGAUGGACGUCUGGACGAGCUAACCAAGUAAGAGGUCUUCUUAACAUAGUGAAGAUUGGGGAAUUUUUAUAAAAGGGUACAUAGAGUUGCUUGGAUGUAUGUAUGUAUGUAUGUAUGUAUCUAUCUAUCUAUCUAUGCCGACGGGUUUUCUUGGUUUUUUUUAAUCCUCCAUGAAAGCUUGAAGCUUUGUCUGUUUUCUGUUUUUUUUUUGUUUGACUUGUCGUAUGUCAAACCCUGAACCUGUGGGUUUAAGGCGUUUGAGCAGCGAGAGAGAAACUCUAUGAAGAUGAUCUGAUGGCUUGUAUAGCUUUUUUCAUGUUGCA